CACAAAGAUGGGGAUGAUUGUCUUGAAUAUUCUGACUGAUGUUUUAUAUGAUCUAUUGAGGCCAGAUAGACCACACCUGCCUCAUAGGUCUGAAUGUGAUAUAGCAUACUUGUACCGUAAUCUCAGGACACUUAAUAAAAAUAUCCCAAAUAAUAGAUGGGGUGGUGAAUGGCAAGAUAUUCAGAAUACAGACAUAUCUAUCGGAGAUGAUAUUGAACGCAUUAGGCUUACGAGAAAUGAACUACAGCACUCUAAGACAUUUAAUCUCCUUGAUACACGUUUUAACGAGUUGAUUAAUGUUAUAGUUGAUCUUUUGAAAAGAUUUGAUCAACAUAAUAAACCUUCGAGACUGUAUACAGAUCAGCUAAAUGACAUUUUGGCUAAAACUGUUUCAAUGGAGGAUGUUAAGUUAGUUGAAAGUGAAACUGAUGUAAGAUUAGAAAUAGCUCUUGAAGUUGAUAUUGAACAACCAACAUACAUUCCAUCACGCAGGAAAAGAAAAUCAUCAUCUUCAUAAUUUGUUUAUAUGUUGUACCGUGAAUUACAUAUGUAAAUUGAAUGUAAAACAAAUACAGGAGAUAGAAACAGAUUUGCAGGUGAUCAAUCCUAAGACAAAAGUUAGCAUGUUUUUAUACAAACACUACGUGAUGCUGCUAAAAAAAAC